AUACGGCGCGCAGAUUUCUAGGUUGCGCGCAAGCGAAGUGACGAUGAUUCGAUGGAUGAUUUUGUUCUCUGCCUCUUCUGCGGCAACAAAGUGACGAUCGCCAUUAAUCAUAAGGCAUUUCUUCGCCUUUGCGUAAUAAAGCACGUCACCCAUUAUCAUAUUCUUCAGAAACGGAAACAGAGCAAGCAAUUGACAUAAUAUUCUAGUACUUUUUUUUUAUAUCUAUAAAAAAAUAUGCACGUUCACGUGCACUACGUGCGCACUUGUCUGUCUUCUAACGGAAGCCUCUGUCACUUGAUUGACUUUUUUCCUAAGUCAUGGAAGACACCGGAAGCCCCCCACCUAUCCCUCCAGUACAGCAAGGACCAAAGAAAAAAGAACACCGAAAGAAGCACAAAAGAACGAAACAAAAAGGCGCUAAGGGCGAGUCCCCUCCAGUUUUGAGCAAUCCAUCGUCACCUCCACCCUGUGUGGAUAACAUCCCCGAGAAACCACCACAACGGAAUCAAGGAACCAACGAAGUCUCCCCAGCAGUCGAACGUGGCGCAGAUGCAGAGAACGCUAGUGCUCAGAAACUACCAGCCGGUGACAAACAUGAAGCUAAGGAGCAGCAGCGUAACACACAAGCUCAUCCAAGAUCUGUUAAAGCAAUGACGCCAGAUUUACAUCGACUGAAACAUGACAAUGAAGCAGCAGCAUACAACGGCGAAGAAAUCAGUCCAGAUACACAGCAGUCUUUCCAUCCUUCCACCUGGUACUUCGGCUUUGGAACGUUCCUGCUCGUUGCAGUCACCUCAAUCGUGGUCUUCCUAUACCUUGGCUUUUCUGGGUCGGAGAAACACUCUGCAGGGCCGUGUAACUCCUCCGAAUGCUCGGAAGCCUUUCUCCUAAUGAAGGCAGUAAUGAAUGAAGGCAUUGACCCUUGCCACAAUUUCUACGGCCACGUCUGCUACGGCUGGAAGACAGGAAGUGACAUCCCAACCAUCUUUAACUACACCAUGGAGAUGCUCUACAGGAAGAUUUCGUUCCAGUUCAGACAGACCAAGUUUGCUCCAGACCGCUACGGAAUUCACAUCCUCCAAACUCUCCACGUAGAAUGCCACAAAUUUAUGCGUGAAAGGGGGAGGCCACUCAAAGAACUUCUCGAUGUUUUCGAAGAUGAAAGGAAGAUAUUAAACAUGGCAAAUUACAGCGAGGUCCUAACAAAUCUCUUUUGGUUCUCACUCAGCAGAGGUCUCAAUUCAGUGUUUCAGCUGGGUGCUGUGAAGUGGCACAAGAAGACUUACCUUCACGUGGCCACGGGGAAGACAAUCCUCCAAAAACUUCGCGAAAAAGAAUUUCACGGCCACGUCAAGCAGUUUCUCACCGACACUAUACAACAGCUGGACUCCAAGAGUGCCCAACCACUUUACGAAACUGUCGCCAGUAUAGACACGAAACUGACCGCUCUAAACGUUGACGACGACACUCCAGAAGAACGUAACGUUACGGACGCGACGGACCUGAGCGAGCACCUUCCACUCGAAUUCUGGGUCGCUGCACUGGAAAAACUAUCCGAACGUCUGCCACUGUCACCCACGAUUCUAACAACAAGCUUCAACAACACCCGGUACAUCUGCCAGAGCUUAGAAGGCCACCCCACCAACUCUCGUCUCAUCUACGUCUAUCUCCUCCUGGUGAUGGAAGCGCUGAGUUUUGAGUACUGGCGCCGUGGACGAAGCCAAUUCGCCCGCGACAUCAACACCGUCUGUCUACAUAUGCCUGUCUUGCCUCGAACGCUACCGUACCUGAUAGGUAAGGUAUCGGGGGUCUCUUCAUUAAUUCAUCAGGUACACGAGCUUUAUAAGUCUAUUUUAAACACCAUGUCAGAUGCCAAGUACUUCCCGUGGAUGGACGGUCAUACGUGGAACAACGCGCGAGCCCGGCUACGAAACCUGCCGCUUCUAACCUUUCCCGGCCCUUCAUCCGACAACGUUCCUCCUGAGAUAGACUAUACAAAGCUGACCAAUUUGUCGGGAGGCUUUAUGAAGAGUUACGUGGACGUUGUCGCCUUCGACAAAGCAGUCCAAACGGAAUUUCCGCCAGACCUCGCUUUGCGUCUCAUCAACCAAGUUCAGUUCGACAACGAAGUGCGAUAUCUGGAGAUGCUCCGCUUGGUUGUUAUGGCAAACACGCUGAAUGUGCCGCCGAUGAUGUACUCUAACGCUAUCCCGACGGAGUUCAACUUCGGGACCGUCGGAGUUCUGUUGGCAAAGGUUCUGGUGGGCAUCAUGAGUCCCACGUUCUCGGAAGCACACAGCAACCAGGUUGCGGCACAGUGGUGGUCCCAGUGGUCGAGGCGGUCGUUUGCAGUCACGUACGGCUGCUUCUACAAACUUUUCGGCAACAGGACUGCUCUAAAGCACAGCGCAAGCCUCCUACGGGAAAUCUUCACGUGGACCCUGGGUCUGAGAGUUGCGCACGAUGCAAUGGAGAAAACUAUAUCCAACAUCACCAAAGUGCAACAUUGGUGGGAUGUCCAGCAAAUGUUUUUUAGGCGCUUCUGUCUGCUGUCAUGUGGCCAUAAAAAUGGUGAUGCACUGUCGGAGAUGGAUGCGAAGAUGCAAUGUACUCUACCCAUUGUCAGUAUGCCAGCAUUUGCGUGGGCAUUCCAGUGCGAUCCUGGUGCUACAAUGAACCCCUAUCAACGUUGUGCAACGUUCUAAGCCAACGAUUUUUCUUGUUUGUUUUUAAGGCAGAACCGACUCUGUGUCAUGAUAAUACUAAUUUUUAAUAGA